CUUGAGACGAAAUCGUUUGCCCUUUCCUCUGAAGCUCUUCUCUGAUAUAAAAAGGUGCUCUUGAACAAUGAGAUCAGUCUAAAACAGAAGCGGGGACCAUCACUUCUGUUAAACGCGCUGGAACAAUGUCUCCAUUUUUUGUCACCACUUUCUUGCUCGGUCUUUCAUCGCUGGCCACCGCAGCCAACUUCACUCAGGUCUACGCGUGGCCCAAUGAGCUGGACUACGAGUGGCCGUCGGAGGCCAGCAGGGCACAGGCCUUGGAGUACGGAACUUACGACCCGGCGAAAAUUUAUCCUCGUUACAUGGCUGUCCACGGUUCAAGAAUCUUCCUCAGCCUUAAGGAAUCCAUUAGCAUUCCGGUGACUCUGGUGUCUCUGCCGACGAGCAGCGCGUCCUCCGCACCCCCGAAGCUCACCCCUUUCCCUUCGUGGGACAUGCAUCGUAAAGUAUUGGGAAACUGCAGCAAGAUUCAAGAGGCGGAAGGGCUGGAAGUGGACUCCGUUGGCAGGCUGUGGUUGCUCGAUCAGGGCAGCUCCGUUUCCAAUUGCUAUGCAAAACUAUGGAUAUUUGACUUAAACAACAAUGAAACCGAACUCAUUCAUCGAUUUUCAUUUCACGACUAUUUGCACGACUUGGUGAUCGACGAAACGGCCAACGGAACCUUCGCCUACAUCGCUCGAUGGGUUGAAAAACACAUUGUUGUGUUUAGUUUGGAAAGAAAUGAAUCUUGGAUUGUCAACACGCCAGGGAUCGUGGUCUUGUCCAUUGCCCUGUCUCCUAAGGGUCACGAAGCGAGACAGCUCUACCUUAGCAAUUUAAACUACAAACAACUGCAUUUAAUUUCCGCUUCCACACUCCGCGACGGAAACGGAACAGCAAAUCUAAUGGGAAACUGGAGUGUACGGGAUACAUAUCAAAUGCUGAUGGACAACCACGGGACCUUGUACUCCGGCUUUAUGUAUCAGAAUUACGCUUCCACUUGGAACACAUCCCGGCCAUUCCUGGAGCAAAGAUUUUAUCAGGUGGCUGGACUGAGAUCCUCUUGGCCGUUUACUUUUUCCUUGGACCAAAAUGAAACCUUUUGGAUGACAGUGUUUGAUGACGAAAAUAUGCCAAGAUUCAGGCUUUUGAAGGCUGCAGUCGGUGCCAAAUCGUACAUCUACGAGGACUCGCCAGAAUCACGAGAGUGACACUGCCUAAGGUCGGGAGAGGUCUUUUGCAAGGUUGGAUGGAAGAAAAACCCACCCUGGCUGCGUCCACGGCAUCUGUGACCAACCCUGAGAGGGUACCUGGCUGCCCGGCUGCCGUGCAAAUUGACCUCAAAAACGAUUGUAGACUCGAGUAGAGAUUUUUUUGGAUAUUAAAUGUUUUCUGGGAAAUUA